GUGUGCGCCGGUUGACCUUCAUACCAACAGUGAGCUACUGGAUAUGCUUUACGAUGCUCUUGCGUCAGCUGUACACACCCCACAAGGCGUAAAACGGUCACAUCGUGAGACGUCUACAACUUCAUUCAGCAUUGCCACGCCUUCAACGUAAAGAAUUGGGGGCUUGACCAAUAAGAUCCACGAUAGAUCAGCCGAUGAUCAGAUGACUGAAAAGGGGAAACUAUUUAAAACUCUAAUCACACGCUUGAUCCCGGUUUAUACAUUUCUUGAGCGGUGCGCACCAAAACGCACCACCGGCUCUGUUGCUCUUUGUUACCAGUGGAUCUAAACUCCCUCACCUACCGCGCUCCCAACAGCAUUACAAAAAAUAUAUUUUAUCUUUCCGGGAAACUUGUAAUUCCUCCACACUCGCUUGUGACUGAGAAAUGAAUCAUAAAGCUCUAUUACUGUGGAUUUUCCUACAGUGUGCUGCUGUGCUCUUCUCAUCCGCUCUUGGGGAAAACGCUGUUCUUAAGGACAGUGGAUUGGAUGAGUUGUCAACAGACAGCAAGGCUCUCUAUGGCACCAUCAAGUAUAACAUGAGGAAAAAAAAUUUAGAUCUGGACCAAGAGGGCUGCUACCUGCAGACUGGCAAGAGGGAACGUCUAGAGGAGUGUGGCUUCAAUGUUACAGCCAAGACCAUCUUCAUCAUCCACGGCUGGACGAUGAGUGGAAUGUUCGAAAACUGGAUGUCCAAGCUGGUCUCUGCAGUGAUACAGCGUGAAACGGAGGCCAAUGUGGUUGUUGUUGACUGGCUGUCGAUGGCUCAGCAGCUGUACCCUGAUGCAGUCAACCACACCCUGAGCGUUGGUCUGGAUAUUGCCACCAUGCUCAACUGGCUUCAGGAUGAGCAGCAGCUCCCUCUUGAGAAUGUGCACAUGAUCGGCUACAGUUUAGGUGCUCAUGUAGCUGGCUACGCAGGAACUUAUGUACGAGGGACCAUUGGUAGGAUCACUGGUCUAGACCCAGCAGGACCAAUGUUUGAGGAUGUAGAUGAGCAGAGGCGCCUCUCCCCAGAUGAUGCUGACUUUGUGGACGUUUUGCACACAUACACUCGAGAGGCUUUGGGUGUCAGCAUUGGGAUACAGCAGCCAAUUGGGGACAUUGACAUCUACCCCAAUGGUGGUGAUGUGCAGCCUGGCUGUGCACUGGGUGAUGUGCUGGCAGUAGCUGGAAAUUUCAUGGAAGUGAUGAAGUGUGAGCAUGAGCGCGCUGUGCACUUGUUUGUGGACUCCCUGAUGAACAAGGACCACAUGAGCUUUGCCUACCAGUGCACUGGCCCCGAUCGCUUCAAGAAGGGCAUCUGCCUCAGCUGCCGUAAAAAUCGCUGCAACAACAUUGGCUACAACGCCAGAAAGAUGCGCAAGAGGCGCAACAGUAAAAUGUAUCUGAAGACACGUGCUGAAACGCCCUUCGGAGGCUAUCACUAUCAGAUGAAGAUGCACGUGUUCAACAGAAAACAGUCAGAUAACGCAGAUCCAACCUUUCAUGUAAGGUUGUACGGAGAGCAUAAUGAUACUUCAGACAUAUCUGUUGAUGUCCAUGAUGGCAUAAUUGGUCUGAACCUUACCAACACCUUCUUGGUGUUUACUGAGGAGGAUAUUGGUGACCUGCUGAAGAUCCGUCUGAGCUGGGAAGGAGAUUCUGAUUCCUGGAACUCGGUUUGGAAGAACAUUAAGAAGACGUUCUGGUCCUGGAACACAAAGCCUCUCAAACCUGUACUGGAAGUUCGGCGGAUUCGUGUGAAGGCUGGAGAAACGCAAAAGAAGUUUACAUUCUGCGCACAAGACCCUGCAAAAACUGAAUUUUCGCCAGGGGAAUCAAUAACUUUUGUGAAAUGUCGUGAUGGCUGGGAAGUGAAACCAAGAAAACGGCUGCCCAUGUAACAACUCAGCACUUCCAACAACCAGUGCACCAUCACCUUGGGGGACCCAACAUGGAUCAGCAAGAAGCACUUUUCAUAGGACGAAGAUUGAUCAGAGCACAGUGGGAAGGGCUUGACUGGAUUGCACCAGGAAGGUUUCCAUUGGUUUCGGAAACAAGGACUCUGGGGUCCAUCCAGUUUGAGAGCUGGAACAUGACGCACAGGCUGGAAUCGAAGGGCUGUCCUAAACAUGUUAAGAUUGCCAGAGGAGUUGCAGGACAUCCUUUGUAUGGACUAUUAACGUAGAAUACAGAUCUGUGCUAGUGGACAUACACCAGCAGUUGUAGUCGCUGUACUGUACAUUUUAAGAUAUUUUUUUUUCUUUUUUUUUUUAUUUAUGAAAAAAAAAUGGAAGCACUGCGAGACCAAUGUUAUUUAUCGGAGGAUAUCCCGUGAUGAGGCAUAUGUUGAAUGCGUUUCUCCUAGGUGUGUGUGGUAAUGUAUGUGUGUGUCGUAGUUACGUGUGGGUGUUUGUGCUUUUUAUGACCAAGAAGUGUGCCUUUCUGCUGAGAGAUUAUUGAUACACUGUAUAACUGAAGGAGAUACCUGAUCUCAUUGCACACUAUCUUUCUGAGAUUCUGAGGUCAAUGUAUGAGGCUUAUUUGGUGUGUUUAUGUACAUAAUGUAAAUUUUUGUUGUUUUGUGUUCUUUCUUUCUUUUUUUCUGAAAAAUAAAUUCACCGGUUAUUUGUAGAAA